AUGGAGUGGAGAAAAUAUUAUAUGGAUCUGAUGCUUGUGCCAUUGGGGUUAGUGAUCAUACUUGCAUAUCAUGUAUGGUUAUGGCAUAAGAGUCGGACACAACCCUUCACCACAAUCUUUGGAAUAGACGCUAAUGGUCGGCAAUUUUGGAUUCCUACCAUGAUGAAGGAUAUUGAAAAGACGAACAUAUUAGUAGUCCAAUCUCUUCGGAACUUAAUAAUGGGGUCAACGCUUAUGGCAACAAAAUCCAUUCUCAUUUGUGCUGGCCUAGGAGCAGUUAUAAGCAGCACCUACAGUGUUAAAAAUGCAGUCAACGACUCAAUUUUUGGAGCACAUGGGGAAUAUGUGGUGGCAUUGAAAUAUGCCACAUUGCUUGCCACAUUCUCAUUAUCAUUUCUAUGUCACACUCUAUCUAUCAGGUUUCUCAGUCAAGUGAGUAUCCUCAUUUGCACUCCACAAGAUGUCAAGUCCAUGGUGACCCCAGAAUAUUUAACUGGGCUUUUGGAGAGGGCCACAACAUUGAAUAUAGUGGGGAACAGGCUUUUCUAUUCAGCACUUUCACUUAUACUUUGGAUCUUUGGGCCUGUGCUAGCUUUCUUAGCUUCAAUGGCAAUGGUACUUAUACUAUACAACCUCGACUUUGUGGCUGGGAACGUCAAAAGCAGAGUGGAGGAUGCUAUCCAGAAUGAUAUUUGA